AGCCAUCUCUCAGUCAACUAACUUCUGCGCUCAGAUAUAUGUGUGUACCUAUUUUAUUGUUUCCCUCUUGGUUACGGCUAAUUUGUUAGAUCACAGCUGUAAAGUUUUCAGCUUACAAGAAUCCAGAUUGUGGAAAAUAAUGGCACUGCAACCGGAUAAAGAACCAAGCAUUGAGCUGUUUAUAAAGGCAGGUCAUGAUGGAGAGAAUGUGGGAAACUGUCCCUUCUGUCAGAGCCUCUUCAUGGUACUGUGGCUAAAAGGAGUCAAAUUCACAGUUACUACAGUUGAUAUGAGGAAGAAGCCAGAGGAGCUGAAGGACUUAGCUCCAGGGACCAACCCCCCUUUCCUCCUAUACAACGGUGCCCUUAAGACUGACUUCAUUAAGAUUGAGGAGUUCUUGGAGGCAACCCUUGCCCCUCCCAGAUACCCUCAUCUCAGUCCGCUGAAUAAAGAGUCAUUUGAUGUGGGUGCUGACAUCUUUGCCAAGUUUUCUGCUUUCAUCAAGAACAGUCCAAACAACAGAGUACAAGAGCAGGCUUUGCUAAGGGAGUUUAAACGCCUUGAUAAUUAUCUAAACACACCACUGCCAGAGGAGAUAGAUCACAACUCCACCGAAGACAUUGCUGUCUCCAAGAGAAAGUAUCUGGAUGGCAACCGCCUGACGCUGGCAGACUGCAACUUGUUGCCCAAAUUACACGUGAUCAAGAUUGCUGCCAAGAAAUACUGUAACUUUGAGAUCCCGGCUCAUUUCACCGGCGUCCAUCGCUACUUGCAGAAUGCAUAUGAGAGAGAGGAGUUCAGUCAGACUUGUCCAGCCAACAUUGAGAUUGAGAAAGCUUAUUUGAGCGUUGCUAGCAAGAGGACAUAAAUCUCCAGCAGUGUCAAGACAGUAAUGCAUUACCUUCAACUUUAUAUACAAAGGAGGACACAGCCUAAAUUUUGUAAAUAGCUUUAAAUUAAAUAAAGUGUCAGGUUUCCAUUUAAAUGACUAUGAGUUUGAUAUGAUAUUGAAAUAUUUGUUAAUUGUCCUGCUUUACCAUUUAAUGGUUUUGCAACUUGUUGAGCCCAUGAACCUAAUUCUUUAGAAAUGGUUUUUAAUGAUGAAUAAUUUCUUCAUUUGUCAUAUUGGCAUGUUAUAUUUUUCAAACAGGAAUCCCUGAAUAAUUUUUAUAAUUGCGGAUUACCCCUGCAUUAUCUCUUGUGUAAGCCUGUUUAUUAGGUCCAAUUGAAUGUACAUCAAAUGUGAUUUGCUUUGUCCAUAGUGUACAUAUGUAUAUCUAAUGUUUUUACCCUUUUUUUCCUUUUUGUUUGUUGUUCUGGGGGAACUUUGGAAAUUUUUUGAAGAUUUUUAGGUAAAGAUCUACAAAAGAGAGUUUUUAUUUGACAAAAAUGAAGAUGAAGAUGAAAUCCACAUUUGUUAACUUUACCAAAGAACCUUGAACCUUUUUUGUUCCUGAGAGUUUAUCUAUUCGAUCAUAAUAAUGUACAUUUUAUGUAUAUACAAAGUAUUAUGUAUACGCGUAUCACGCUAUUAUUAUUAUUAUUAUUAUUAUUAUUAUUAUAAAAUUACACACUAAGAUAACAGUGAGUUAAAACACUGUACAAUAACUAAGCAUACUUAUUUCUAAAUAAUCCUAAACAGAACUUUCCUGUUCUGUACAUAGUUCAGUUAUUCAGCAUUCGUCUACAAUUGUAUUAAAGGAAAAGGUUAUUCUUAGAUCAAACAAAGUAUUGUUACUGAAGGAAAAGGUCAAAUACACUUCAUUUCACAAUUUUAAUUAGAAAUAAAACUCAUUUCAUACAUAUUGACAACAUUGUGCACAUCUAGAUGAUCUUCGGGGGCAGUGGUGGCCAAAGUGGUUAAGGCUCUGGGUUGUUGCUUAGACAACUGGGGUUCAAGCCCCAGCACUGUCAAGCUGCUACUCCACAGUGAGGUUUAAGGGCCUCCUUAAGGGGAUCUGCAUCAUGGCUGACCCUGUGCUAUGACCCCAAUCUCCAAAGUUGGGAUAUGCAACAAAAGAUUUUCACUGUGCUGUAAUGUAUAUGUGAGAAAUAAAAGCUUCUGUCGCUAUUA